AUGAACCUGGCGAAUACAAUAAUGAUGCAUAAAGCGGAUAAUCAUAACAGAGGCUGGAGAUCAGGGGAAAGUUGUGUAGCAACCAAGUUAUUCUUCAGAAAGUUCCAGAAGGACAAGAUCAGUUUGUUUGCCCUCAUUCAACUAUUUUAUGAGAUGAUCAGAGAGUUCAAGGAGUUGAGCUACAAAAGGACGUCUGUCCUGGAAUCCAUGCUGCAAAUCAUGCAGCAUAUUAUGUCUAGUAAAGUGAGACGAGAGAUACUUUAUUCUUCAAAAGAAACAGGAAAUCCAAGGUCGCUACAUCGAUACAACAUGGCCGUAUCAGGAAGAAAAGCCAUGUCUUCUUCCACAUUGUCACGAGGCUGCGCUGAAGACUAUGAAAUAUUUUGUCAGCCAUGUGACCUAGAUGACCUAAGACUUCCAGCCUUUGGGUUCUGCAAAGAUUGUGAAGAGCAUUUGUGCGAGUCUUGUUUUAACCACCACAAAAAGGCCAAACCCUCCAGACAUCAUAUCCUUUUGGAUGAACACAAUAUGCCACAAAAUCUUCAAGUUCAAUCAAAAUCUGCUAAUGCUGAUGAACUUAAAACACCCUGCCCUAAACACAAGAAAGAAAUUAUCAAGUUCUUCUGUCAUGACCAUGAAAACCUUCUAUGCAAUGUAUGUGUCACACUUGACCAUACCCGAACAUCUUGCCAAGUCGACUAUAUACCAGACAUAUCUAAAAAGAGCCUAAAAAGAAAAGAGAUCACAGAAACCCUAAAGAACUUAGACGUGGUGACUGAAAGAUACAAGAGAGCAACAGUAGGCCUAAAGGAAAAGCUGAACACAUCUACCAAGUUCUUGAAAGAUGUUCUUCUAGAGAUAAAGAGCUUCAGAAAAGAGAUAAAUAAAAGAAUUGAUGAAUGGGAAAAGAAAGUUAUAGAAAUAGCAAAGGAUAUACAACGAGAGAAUGAUACAAGACUAAAAAUAGCAGAAACAAAAUGCAAUGAUGUCACAAAGUCUCUUGAAACAUCAUCUGACUAUAUCAAACAACUAAACGCAUCCAAACAAGCAGAUAAACUUUUUAUUGAACUAAAGUCUGCUGAAAAACUGAUCAGAGAUCAAGAGAAAAAGCUUUCCAAACUACUAUCACCUGAUAUUAUAGAAGAAUUCUGUUUUCAACCAAAUCCAGCAAUAAACUCCGCUCUUCAGGAUAUAAGAUAUUUAGGUACUAUAAAACAUAAAGAGACAGAACUAUCAGCGCCUUCUCCUCCGACUGUAACAUUGCCAAGGUUUUCACAUCAAGGAGAUAUCUGUGUAGAUAAAGAGGAGUGCUGGAUAUCAGGAAUGGCUCUCCUUACACCUUCCAGACUUGUUCUCACAGACGAAAAAAACAACUGCAUCAAAAUGGUUGAUCUAAGCAAUGGGUCCAUAACUGAUUAUUUACAACUAGAUACUCCUCCCCUGGACAUCACCACGGUGACCAGUAAUCAACUUGCUGUCACCCUGUCUGACAAGGAAAUAGUUCAAUUUAUAUCUGCCUCUUCGAACAAACUCUCACUGAAACAAAAAUUCAAGGUUGACGGAGACUGCAGUGGUAUAAGUUGUUACCAAGACAAACUUGUUGUGACAUUCGACGAUCCAAUCAAAAUACAAAUUUUUGAUUUGAAAGGAAAAGUACUGACAACAAUCACAAAUGAUUCAGUGGGUAAAAAUUUUUAUUUAUGUAUUCCACGUCAUGCCACAUCAAACGGUCAGUCUAUAUAUGUAUGUGAGGCAAGAAUGUUUCAAGUUUACAGGUUUUCCUGGGAAGGUAAACCAACAGGCAGAUAUAGCGACAUUCGUUCUCCAAGUGGCAUUGCUAUGUUAAAUGACGGCUCCAUCUUAGUUAGUGAUAGCGACAAUGGUAAUAUACAACAUAUAUCUCGUGACGUAAGCGGAGACAUAGAGUGCUGCCGACAAUUUGCUAGUCAGAGACUAGACACAGCUGAAGAAUAUUCUAGUUGA